UGAGAGCUGCUGGCUAAGCCGCCGCUUUACACUAGACCAGUACUUUCAACUGAACUGUUCCUCCCUGAAGAAGCUGCAGCCUGUCAGCAUGGCUCAGGAGUUUGUGAAUUCCAAGAUCCAGUCUGGGAAGGUGGUCGUGUUCAUCAAGCCCACCUGCCCCUACUGCAGAAAGACCCAAGAAAUCCUCAGUCAACUGCCUUUCAAACAAGGUCUUCUGGAGUUUGUGGACAUCACCGCCACUCACAACACUGACGCGAUUCAAGAUUAUUUACAACAGCUCACCGGAGCGAGAACCGUUCCUCGGGUCUUCAUAGGUAAAGACUGUAUAGGCGGAUGCAGCGAUCUGAUCUCCAUGCAACAGAAUGGGGAGCUGAUGACUCGGCUGAAGCAGAUUGGCGCUCUGCAGUUAUAAAAGGGGUGGCAGGCGGAGCCCAUGCUGACGCAGCCGUCCAGCCAUGUGGAUGGCCAGUGCCCUGAGAGUUGAUGUGCAUCACGGAGGAUAUCAGUAUUUCCUGGUGACUGAGCUUUUCAACAAGGCGGCCUUUAUUGUUCUUUUCCUCAGUGGUAAAAACUGUUGCAAAUUGCCUCUAACCAUGGAGCCGAGAAGCAUAACAGACCACACUGGUUUGAUGAUCCAUUCUUCAUGUGCCGACAUGUCUCUACCUCUAAAGCCGUGUUUCCCAAUCCAGUUGAUCUAAAUCUCCAGUGAAUCUGUUGCUGGUUUUCUGCUAUUGCUCGUCAGCUGAGGUCAUUCUGCAGAAAUCCACUUUUUAAAGAAUUAUUGAAUCAAUGGUUAUUGAGAAUUUGUUUACGAGUCACACACACAGGCCCCUCUCUCCCUUAUGCAUGUACCCUUCCCACUUCUGCAUUCGCUGCCCUCAGCCAAUGUUCUCAACCUCGUCCUCGCACAACACACCGAUGUCCACACUUAUAUGAGGAUGCCUGUUUGAAAAAUCAGAUGAAGAACUUUAGCAUAGUUGGCUCUUACUGAAGCUAUAUUAACAUAGGCGGCAGAACAGAUGGUGCAUUCGGCUCUGUCCGUAAAGGUGAUUAAUUGUCCAGAAAAAUCCCAAGCGGCUGUGUGUUGAUCCGAGCCAGAGUACCAGCAGAAUCAAAUAUGAAAUACAACAUUACAGAACUGUCCUUCCAAGAAUGACUGUGAAAGAAGUUGUUUCCGAAACAUUGUCCUAAGUAAUUUCUUCCAUUAACACUUUGACAUUGUGCUUUGUUGUCUUGCUGUGACGUUUAAUUAUCUUGGCACUUCUCUGGUCUCCAGGGAGGACUCCCUACUAGUAAAGAUGUGUCUGUAGAUGACUGAUGA